GGGCAGAUGAGAGCAAGUGUGUACGGAGAUACGAUACAAUUGGCAGCAGAAGGCCAGGCUCUUAUUCUGAUUCACCCAACAGGGCAAAUCUUAAACUGGUUUUUAUACUAAUCAUAUCGUGUCUGGAAUGUGAAACAUUAAGUUGGGGUUUUUUGUCCGCCAAUGUGAUAAAUCCCUGUAGUGACUAGUGUGAACAAAAUCAUUGUGCUUCCUGUAUUCUACAAAUACUGCGGUGGACCUAUGACAACACUCAGUACAGAAGAAUUCCGGCAAUAUCCACAGUGUUAGAAAGGCGACUGGACCAACUGGAAUAUACAUGAUGUUUAAAAAAAUUAACCUGUGCUCCUCAUCAAUCCUUUGACUAUUACUUAGCUGAGCAAAUACUGGAUCUGUGACAUAUCACUGAGAUGGCCGAUCAGGGUGAGCAAUACGAAAAGUCUUGGAUUCUAUAUCAUAUCCUUGACAGAUUUAUAGGCAGCCCGGAGAUUUUAGCAACGAGGAGGAGUAUAGAAUUGCUGUGGGAGUAUAUAAGGAAAUCCACACAUAAAGGAAUGCUGCAGGUUCAAACGGGAAGCUUCUACGAGGGGAUCGAAAUGACAGGAUCAGACAUUGAUAACAUGCUUGUUGACACAACUGUGGAAGUAACAUACCCUUUUCAUGACUCGGGUAUUCUUUUGGAGAGCAAAGAUAAAACAGUUUUUAUUAUGAGAGAUGCUCCGCACAGCCGGCCUGGCUAUGUGACCCUUGAACUAGUGAAUCUGUUACCUAGAUGCAAUAGUCUGACCAUGCAAUCCAUUGUUCGAAAUGGAGAUCGAUUUUUCAUAUCAAGUGAAAUUUGCAGAAAGAAUAUUGCUGAUAGAGUUGCAAAUUGUGAAAAAUCAACUGUGGUUGAACAUGGUCCAGCUGCUACUUAUACGUUAAAACACAAUACCGUAUCAAUUGGUAGUGAUCUUGUAUAUUCUUUUCCGUGUUCUCAAUGGCCACUCGAAGCUUAUGAGUGGGUGAGUCGGCCUCGCCUCCAUGGAUGGCCAGAUAAAGCUUCGAGAGAUCAGAUAGUACAGGGCGGUUGUCAUCUUGUCCCUGUAGGAGACAGAACGUCUGCUGACACAUUCCUACAAUGGCGGAUUUCAUUUACAGCUGCAGAAAAGAAACUUGUUCAUUCUCUUACUCAUACACAAUUUCUAGUAUAUGGACUUCACAAGUACUUCCUCAAGCAAAUAUCUGACAGGUUAAAGCAGAUAUUUGGGGAUGAAGAUAUCCUAUCAUCCUAUAUUAUAAAAACAGUUAUAUUUUAUGUUGUGGAAAGCACACCUGAUUCUUUAUGGCAAGAGAAAAAUACCUUUUUCUGUUUUAUACUUUGCUUAAAGGUUUUGAUCGCCUGGGUGAAUGCGGGAUAUUGUCCCAAUUACUUUAUCAGCAACAACAAUAUGUUCCUAGGCAAAGUUCAUGGUGAAAAUCAACAAAAACUUCUUCACAUCCUCGUUGAACUUUAUAAUAUGAAAUGGGAAUGUUUGUCAGUUGGUACGGCCAUACAACCGUCUAUAGGAAAACGAAUAAAUAGUGUGAGGGAUGGAGCAUGGCAAUUGGUGCUUAGUCGACCAACAGAAUCAGAAAGGAAUUGUGACAUUAAACUAUACCAUGGGGUAUUCAUAGGGGUCCUAGAGUAUGAUUCCCUUCCUGCGCAACUUUCACUUCUUUCUAAAUCAAAAUCAGACAUUGAUGAAUUUAUAGCUUACAUCACAGCAGUACGUGCACUGUCCUAUACAGGGAUGGGUAUUUUCGAAAAACACAUUCCUGCCAAAGGAAAUAAAGAGAAGUACAAAUACCUUAGGAAAUCCAAAAACCUGAUGCAACCACUUUCUACAGUGUGCACAAGUCCGGGACUACUAACACUGGCAACAUAUUACUACCAGACUGGAAACUACAAGAAAACACUGGAGAUAUGCGAACAUAUGAUGUCGUCAUUUCAACUUUACAUUCUAGGGAGAUUGCAAUUAGAUGACAACGACGCAGACCAGUAUGAAAGCCUCUACUGUGGGCGGGGAUACACUCUACUACACAAAUGCAAGGACGUAUGUGUAGCAUCUGUCUUUUUUCCAUUUGAUUGUGUACAAUUCUGUCCAUACCAGUUACAUCCGGAGUUUACAAAAGGAACUAGGAAUGACCAGCUUUUGACCCCUCCACUUCCAUAUGCUGUGUUCCUGACAUUUCUAUGUCAUCAUGAGCUUGGCGACACCAGAAGACGUGACGCAGCAUUGACACAUCUUCAAGCAGUGAAGUAUGAUAAGAAACAGGGAGUUGGUGAAAAUUGGAUAGUACACAAUUUCUUGGGGAUAUGCCAUGAAAUGGUUGGGGACACACGCCAGGCUCUCAGGGAAUAUAGGGACUCUAUGAGAAGCAAGACAUAUUUCCAAUUUCUAAACGGUGCUAAGGAGAGGAUAGAAAGGUUGCAGCAUUCACAAUAAAGACAAAAAUAUAGGAACAUUAAUGAAAAUCCUCUAUUCUACCAGAAAAGAAUAGCUUCAUGUAAAUAAACAAAGACCAAUGGAAACUAUGUCAAAAGACAUUAGCCUUUACAGACAUUUGAUCAUUUUAUAUAAGCUGACUGCUACUUAUGUAGUACUAUUUAUGUUUCUAUAUACUGCCAUUUACUGCACUGAUUAUAUUGUAUAUAUAAAUCAUUCUUAUUUGUGCAGGAUUAUUGUUUUAAUUGAUUUUCUUACAAUUUACAAUUGAAUAUGUAACAUUGAAUAAUAUGUAUAAUAUAUUGGCACAAUCAUAAUGACUUUGAGCUACAAAUUGCUCAAAUCUUACAUAACAAAGAAAGGAUUCGGAUGAAAGCCAGCAAUGUUUUAAAAACGUUAAGUUGCCUAUGUAUUUUAUGAAGUUUUGAGUCACACUUGUAAAAUAUCGAAUGGAGUAGAUAAUGAAGCAAUUAUUUAUAUUUCUUCUUGUGGCACAAUAAGGAUCUUUGUAUCGCUACAGCAUAAGAUGUACUCAGUUAAUAUGCAUGUGCAAAUGUGUCUGUAACAAGACACACUAAUAUACUAUAGCACUAGUACAACUGUAUAUAGUCUAAAGAUGAACCACGAUGUUUUAAAUAUUUUUCCACAAAUGAUUUUUAAUCCAAACAGUCUAUUUUGUCAACACAAAUAUCAUUUUCGGCAAGCGUUUGCAAUGGAGAGGAAAGUUCUGUUUAAAUAACUGAAUUUUUGAUGUUUUGAACUGAAUUUGACCACUAUGAAUGCUGAAAGAACAUUGCCUUUGUCUUUGACGAUAUGAACAUAAAUAUAAGGAUCGAAAGGUGUCUUUUUCAUAUUUGUUAUGGUAUGCAACACAGUUCCGUUCAAACAUUUUAUUAUGAAUGCGAUACCGCGCAUCAUUUAAUAUAUUUGAUCGCAACUUUGUUUCAAACCAUCAUAAAGAUAAAACUACAUGCAUUUCCAACCUUAAUGGUUACCAGUUUGACCAAAGACCGUUCCUUGCCUCUACAUUGACCUUUUGCGAUAUGUUUAUUGACUUCUUAGUAUAAAUUCUAUUUCUGUAAAACGUGUUACAGAAGGAUGUCAAGCUGUUCGAUACUGAUGAUUGGGAUGACUUUGUUUUCAUUAGGGAUAUAAAUAUUGGUCAUUGAUAUUACUUAGAAAACGAACAUGGUCGAUAUUUAGGAUUGCACGAAAUUAUAUACCCUUUUUAUGGGUUAAUAUACCCUUUCUCAUAUAUUUUUUUCAUUACGUAAUAAAAUGUGAGAAAGCAAUAUUUUUUUCCAAUAAAAUGUUUAU